CCAAGAAUUUGGUUGUCCCUCAAAGGGUUAAUGUAAAACAACAAUAAAAUAUUCAUUGAUAAGCGGAGGAAGUUCUACAAGACCAGAAAAAGAUGCGCCUGCGCCGUGUUAUUUGGAAAUUACUAAUAUUUAUAACGGUUUCCUUGGUCCUUCUGUUUAUAUUUUUAAAUAACAACGAAAAAUCGGAAAAUUACUCUGAUGAUUUCAUUACUAUACUUCGAAAUACAAAGGAAGAUACAACAGCUAGUGAAGAGGAACACAAGCCACCACUGCAGCUAAUAAACAAUUUUGAUGAUGCUAGACAAGUGACGUCCAGACCUUUGUUGAAUUUAACACAAUUUGAAUAUUUGAUAGAUAAUGAUUUGUGUGAACGUUUCAAAAAGGAGCUAACAGCAAUUAUAAUUGUCACUUCAUAUGUGGGUCAUGAUGAGUUACGAGCGGCACAUCGUCAGGCUAUAUCGCAAACGAAACUUGCCGAAAUGGGUAUGCAACGUGUUUUCCUUUUGGCUUCUAUACCAUUAAGGGAACAUUUUAUUACCCAGUCUCAAAUAUUUAACGAACAGCAACGGUUUGGUGAUCUCCUACAGGGCAACUUUAAAGAAGCCUAUCGAAAUCUUUCCUAUAAACACGUUAUGGGGUUAGAAUGGGCGGCACAGCGUUGCGAAAGAGCCAAAUUCAUUAUUAAAAUCGAUGAUGAUAUUAUUUAUGAUGUAUUUCAUUUGAAACGUUAUCUGGAUUCAUUGGAAUUGGAAAAUCUGGAACUAACAAAAUCCAAUGAAAUGUUAUGUGGUUAUGUUUUGGAUGAUAAGCCGGUUAUACGAAAUCAGGCCAAUAAAUGGUAUGUUCGUCCAGAUGAAUAUCAUUUUAACAAUUUUCCAUCAUAUCUCUCCGGAUGGUUAUAUGUGACAAAUCCCAGAACUGCCUUACGUUUGGUAAAUCAAGCAUAUAAUUCGCCAAUAUUCUGGAUUGAUGAUACCUGGAUAACGGGUAUAUUACGUGAACCCCUGAAAAUACCUCUGCAACGUUUGAACAGUUGGUUUUCUGCCAAUCCAGACUUUUUAAGCUGUUGUGUGCGAGACCUCAAGAAACCAAUUGCAAUGGAAUGUGAAUUUUAUGUUGGUCCCAAUGGUGGAGAGUCGAAAUUGCUUAUCGAAUUUUUGCAUAACGUUGAGAAAUGCUAUUACGACGAAUGUUUGAAACGUUCAAAGGAACAAAGUCUUAAGAACACCUGUGUUGGUGCGUUCAAACACAUUUUACCCGACCAUGGAAAUGCUGAAGUUAAAAUGGUAGCCAUGGGUAGAUGAUAGGACUGACAAAUCAUAUGAUCGGUGGAGGUUGCCAAUAGUAUUAGUUUUUUAUACUUUUCAAAAAAUUGUAUCUGAUAUUCACAGAUGAAUAUUAAAAAAAGAAAAACAUCACAUUAAGUAUUUAUCAUAUUAACUUUAGGUUAAACGUUUAGCUUGUAGUAUUUAAAAGUGACUAAAGUAAAAUACAUGCAUAGAUGCAUAUCUUUUUAUACAAUGCAAUAAACCUCAAAGACAAUAAUAAGUUUAAAAGAAGCCUAUGCUGAAAUAAAAAUUGCAAUUUUUUUAAAAC